AUGAAGGCUGCUUUCCUCACUGUUCUCGCCGCUCUGGCCACUUCCACCAUCGCCGCCCCUGCCGGCAGCUUGACUGAGCUCACUCAGGUUACUAAGUCUCUCUCCUCUUCCGGCUCUUCUAUCUCUAGCGGCGCUGUUGCUCCCUCUGCUGCUGCCGGCUCUGCUAGCGGCCAUAUCGUUCAGGACCUGAGCGGCAAUGUCAAGCAGAUCCUCACCGUUACUGGACCUGAUGCCAAGCAGCUCCUCAUCGAGCUGAGCCCUGAUGUCACUGGUCUUCUUUCCAGCCUCGGCCUCCCCGGCGUCGGAGUCGCUGUUGGCAGCGUCGUUCAGUCUGCUUCUAGCCUCGGUGACCUGCUGACUGACCUCGCUCAACCCCUUGAGGGUCUGCUCACCGUUGUCGGUCAGGAUGGCGGCGCUCUCCUCAUUCAGCUCGACCCCUCCGUUACCGCUCUUGUCUCCAGCCUUGGCCUGCCUGGCGUCGGUACCCCAGUCGGAACCGUUGUCGGUACUCUGGGUCAGAACCUGAAGCGCUCCAACGGCGAGGUUGUCCAGGAUCUUGCCCCCCAGGUUAAGAACGUUCUUGAGGUCACCGGCCCUAACGCCAAGCGCCUUCUCGUUCAGCUUAGCCCCUCUGUCGCUUCCCUCGUCGCCAAUCUCGGUCUCCCCGGUGUUGGAACCUCGGUUGGCAGCAUCGUCAAGACUGCUGGCAACAUUGGUGACCUUCUCAAGGAUCUCAGCACCCCCGUCGAGCAGCUCCUCACCGUUGUUGGUCAGGAUGGCUCCUAUCUCCUCAUCCAGCUGUCUCCUGAAGUUGCUGGCCUCGUCAGUAACCUCGGACUUCCUGGUGUUGGCACUUCGGUCGGCGCUGUUGUCGGCACUGUCGGCGACAAUCUGUAA